GUAGAAUACACAUCUGCAGUGUUGUCUUCCUGUUCCUGAGGAGUGAGAGAGAGAGAGCCCUAAUGGAGAUUCUCCUUUCUGCGGUCCUGGGUGAGCUGACAACUAGAUCCAUAAAUUUCUUCAUCAGCAGAAGCUCUAAGCCGUUGGCGCUGGAUGUGGAGGAUCGCCUCCGCAGGGUCCUGCUCCGGGCACAGGUCAUCAUCAACGAGGCCAUGGGGCGGCACAUCACAAACCAAGCUAUGCUCCAGUAGCUGGACAUGAUGAGAGACGCCAUGCACCGGGGCUAUUACAUGCUUGACACCUUCAUAUACCAAUCUCACGACGAGGAGGACGCCAAAGAUCAGGUCGUGAGUCACUCUUUGUCUCUGUCCGAAGUAAGUUCGCUGAAAGGUUUCUGUUUCUCCACUGGAACAAGUACACAGAUUUUGGAACAACUGCAAAAGGCGCUUGACGAUUUGAGCUCCAUGAUCCUUGAUGUGGAUGAGCUGGUAGUGUUCCUGACGAGCUACCCUCGCCUGUACCGCCAGCCAACAUGCAUCUCCUAUUGGGAAACUGCGUGAUUGGCCGCCAGAUGGAAGCAGAACUUGUCAUCAACUUCCGGUUACACACACGACCUGAUGGUUCUGAAGAAUUUAAAGUCCUACCAAUUAUUGGUCCCAGCAAAGUCGGCAAGAGCACCCUUGUCGCUCAUGUUUGCAAGUAUGAAAGAGUCGGUGAUCAUUUUUCAGAAAUCUUGUUUUGUGCGACCAUAAUUACAGAGGAGAACCUUGCGUUGCCUGACGCAUCGACACACUCCAGCGGGCGGUUCGGGUCCUCAUCCUCGCCUCUACAGUCACCUAUGGCUUGGUCGCCGCUCGGGACUCCGGCGAUCUCCGUUGCUCUGCAGGAAAGGAAACCACACACAUUUGCCCAAAUCACGUUGUGGUAGUUGAAAUGAAUCUCAAUUCAACUCAUAUGGCACACCAGAAAUGGGUGACAACAAUGAGGAAAACGAAAAGGAGGGAGAUUCUGCUCAAGCUUUCUUUCUUGGGCACCCAAGCUGCUCCAUAUUUGUCUCUGUCAUUAUCUAAAAAAAAUAUUUGUCUAUGUAAGUGUUUCUUGAGUCUGUACUCAUGCCAUGCUCUAAUUUUCACAAUAGAAAAUUUCUGAACUGUGCAGACCUUGCCUCUUGAAUUCUGGUAUUGCCAUGUUGCGAUACAUAUGUUCUUUCAUUAUUAUUGGUUAUUGGAAUUGAUAAUCCUCAUGUAGAUCCACAGUGAGAGGGAUCUAAUGGCAUCCUCUUUGCAUACUUAACAUCUAUCAACCAAGAAAGAGAGGGAUCUAGUGGCAAGUUCACCCAUGAUUGCAGAGAUGAUUGUUUCCAUUAGGUAAAUACUAUUAUUACAAGAUGGUAUAAUGGAUAAAAAAAAAGGGCUGAGAGGAGUUAUAUAAUGUAGAGUCGCUCUUUUUCAGGUGGUGCAUGGUCUUCAUUUUUCUUUGACUAAGCCUCUCACACGUCGUUGAAUAUUAGAAGGUCCAAAUCUAACCUACAAUUUUCUAUCUGCACAGUUCUGAUAUGGUUAAAGCCAAAAUCAAUGUUCCAGUUAACACAGAUUGUAAUGUUUCGCUAGUCUGUUUUUGUGCAUCAUAGACUAGCUACCAUUUGGACAUGUACAGCUUAACUUUCAGGGAUUAAUGGCUCAGGUCAUUCAUCAGGUUUUUGGACUAGCUACCAUCAUAGACACAAAGUAGGAAACACGCGUGGCAAGUUCCAAGUACUUGUUGAUCACGAAGGAUAUGGUCAUUGGGGUAAGUUAUUCUGAAGUAGCUGACUUCAGCAUCUCCAUCCAUAUUGCAGGCUGUACUCCUCACAGCGAAAACUGAAGCAGUAUUUGAUCGAGUCUCUCCUUAAUUUGAUCAAGACUAGGAACAGGGGAGAAUAUGGAAUUAAUGGAAAUGUAGAAGUGCAAGUUGCAGGGAAGCUUUGUAGGAAAGUUACCUAGAUGGAAGCCAAUCAGAAAUAUCAGGCAAAGGCGAAUGGCCCCAAAGUUGAAAGUUCAAACAUGGCUGCUGAUGCUGACAUGGGUUGCUGUAGAAUUCAUUCUCUCGUCAACCUGCUGCGUUAUCUUCCUCGGGAGAGAUUCCCCUAUGGAGAUUCUCCUUUCUGCGGUCCUGGGUGAGCUGACCACUAGAUCCAUAAAUUUCUUCAUCAGUAGAAGCUCUAAGCCGUCGGCACUGGAUGUGGAAGAUCGCCUCCGCAGGGUCCUGCUCCGGGCACAGGUCAUCGUCGACGAAGCCAUGGGGCGGCACAUCACAAACCAAGCUAUGCUCCUCCAGGUGAACCUGCUGAGAGACGCCAUGCACAGAGGCUAUUACACGCUCGACACCUUCAGAUACCUAUCUCACGACGAGGAGGACGCCAAAGAUCAGGUCGUGAGUCACUCUUUGUCUUUGUCCAAAAUAAGUUUUCUGAAAGGUUUCUGUUCGUCCAGUAGAAAUGCACAGAUUUUGGAACAGCUGCAAAAGGCACUUGACGAUUUGAACUCCAUGAUCCUUGAUGUGGAUGAGCUGGUCGUGUUCUUGACGAGCUACCCUCGCCUGUACCACCAGCCUUACAACAUGCAUCUCCUACUAGGUAACUGCAUGUUUGGCCGCCAGAUGGAAGCAGAACUUGUCAUGAACUUCCUAUUACACACACGGCCUCAUGGUACUGAAGAACUGGAAGUCCUGCCAAUUGUCGGUCCCAGAAGAGUCGGCAAGAGCACACUUGUCGCUCAUGUUUGCAAGGACGAAAGGGUACGUGAUCAUUUUUCAGAAAUUGUGUUCUUGAGCGACCAAGAUUUUACAUAUGAUGAGCUAGCUACUUUCAGAGAACGAUGUGUGAUGAAAUAUCAAAGUAACUCGAACAAAGAUGGGAGAUUGCUAGUUGUUGUUGAUUCAGAUGGAGAUCUCGAUGAAGUUGCAUGGAAUAGGUUGUAUUCUGCUUCUAGAUGGUGCAUGCCAAGUGGUAGUAAAAUCAUAGUCACAAGUCGGUCCGACAAGAUCGUACAGUUUGGAACAACACAGGCUCUAACUCUCAAGUAUCUAUCCUAUGAGGCGUAUUGGUAUUUCUUCAAGACACUUACAUUUGGAAGCAUUGAUCCCGAGAUGCACCCAAGGCUCAUGCACCUGGCCAUGGAGAUAGCGAGGACGCUGAAUGGGAACAUGAUUCGUGCAAACAUCGCCGCCUGUAUACUGAGGGACAACUUUGACAUCCACUUUUGGUGCAAGGUUCUGGUCUUCUUGAGAGGGUUCAUCCAGGAGCAUGUCUCCAGAUUUGGUGAGCAUCCAUUUGAUCUUUUGGACCAAAAUAGACCUGCACAUCUUGGGAGAAUGGCUACAGCUUCUGAAGAAUUCGUGAUUUAUCAUCAGUAUCAACGCUCUUCGCAAGAGGAGGUUCCCAAGAUUAUAUUCCAAGAUGUGAUGUGUGGAAACGUUAAGCCUCAUGGGAAAUUUGAGGUCCUGGCAUGGAGGUCUCGGAUACCACCCUACUAUAGCUAUAUCAAUACUUGUGAGAUUCAAGAGCUAAAAACUAAAGCUGCCAAGAGAAAGCGUUCUUAAUUCUGUCAUUAUGAGGCAUAUAUAGGUGUAUAAGAGCACAUAUGUUCAUGUUUUGAUAGGGUGUGACAAGUCAUAGCCGGUGAGGUGGGUGCAAGGUUCUGGCCUUCUGGCCUUCUUGAAGCAUCUCUCCAGAUUUGAUGAGCAUCCAUUUGACCUUGUGGACAAAAAUAGACCUGCACAUAUUGGGAGAAUGGCUGCACCUUCUGAAGAUUUGGUGGCUUAUCAUCAGUAUCAACUCUGUUCAGGAGAGGAGGUUCCAAGAUAAGAAUCCAAGAUGUGUUGUAAGGAGGAAUCGUAACGCCUCAUGGUAAAUUUGAGGUCCUAGGAUGGAAGUCUCAGAGACCGCCCUACUAUAGCUAUGUCUAUACUUGUGAGGUUGCUGAGCGGAAAACUAUAGCUGUCAAGAGGAAGCGUUCUAUGGACAACGGAGUCACGCCUUCUUAAUUCUGACAUUAUCAGGCUUACAUAGGAGUAUAAAUUUGUCCAAGUUUUGAUAGGUGUCACAAGUGACAGCACAGACAAUCUGUUUGAUAGGAUAUUGAAAGUUACAACACAGGAAACAUUGGGUUAAGUAUUCCAAUCGAAUAAAUAUGAUUCUGAAAUAGAGUUCUUUUUUUUAGUAUUACUCUGGACUCGAACCGCUGACAUCCGCCACAGGGUUCAUAGACAAACUUGGGGUUUGCGAGCCAAGAUAAGACCUGCUCGGGAUCAUGGGACCUUUUUCUAUCAGACUGUACUACUGCUACCUUGUCACAUGUGAAGUGUUUAUCAAUAGAAUAAUGCAUGACGUUAAAGCAUAGAUUUUCAUGAGAUAUAGUGAGUCCAUAGUCGUUAGUUUUACUCCAGAUAGAAGCCUCAGUCUGGGCUUUCAGACUUGCAUUUUCUUUAUGUUUUCAGUUCAACCCUACAAGGCAUUUUGUCAACAGAGCCUCCUGGCCAUGUUAGGUGAUUUGCAUGAUUGUUUGUCAAACGUUCGGUGAUUUGCUCCUUGUUGCAAAGCAAGCAGAGCCUCUUGGUUUAAGAAGGUUGGGCUUCCUACCACUCACUA